GUGGUCGCCGCGGGGUUUCGGUGGCGAGGCGGCUCGCUAGCUGUGCGAUCCGCUGAGCGCGGCUGCCGGGGGCCCCGUGUUGAUGUCGGGAGGGAGGGAAGAUGGCGGCCGCGACGGCGGCGGCGGCGGCGGCGGCGGGCGGCCCGGUGGGGAAGGGGCGAGACAUCAGUUUAGCGGCCCUGCAGCGCCACGACCCCUAUAUCAACCGCAUCGUGGACGUGGCCAGCCAGGUGGCUCUGUACACCUUCGGCCAUCGGGCCAACGAGUGGGAGAAGACUGAUGUGGAAGGAACCUUAUUUGUUUACACAAGAUCUGCUUCUCCAAAGCACGGAUUCACCAUUAUGAAUAGGCUGAGCAUGGAAAAUAGGACUGAACCCAUUACUAAAGACCUGGAUUUCCAGCUCCAGGACCCUUUCCUUCUCUACAGGAAUGCCAGAUAUGAGAAAACUGAGAUACAAUGAGAUGGCAGACUCCAGACAAACCCACACAUUCUAAUUUCAGUCUAUUGCUUUUUCUGCACCACCUGUACUGCUUUCUCUGCUAUUAAACAUGAAUGAGAAUUGAAAUGUCCAUUUAUGGAAUUUGGUUUUAUGAUAAGGAAGAAUGCCAAAGAAUUGCAGAGCUUAUGAAAAACCUAACUCAGUAUGAACAGUUGAAAGCCCAUCAGGGAGCUGGAGCAGGACUCUCCCCAAUGAUCCUCAAUUCGGGAGAGGGCAAAGAAGUUGAUAUCCUACGAAUGCUCACCAAGGCCAAAGAUGAAUACACCAAGUGUAAAACCUGUUCAGAGCCAAAAAAGAUAACCAGUUCAUCUGCCAUCUAUGACAACCCCAAUCUCAUCAAACCAAUUCCAGUGAAACCCAGUGAAAACCAGCAACAGCGUAUACCUCAGCCCAGCCAGACCUUAGAACCUGAACCCCAACACUUGUCCUUGACAGCUCUGUUUGGGAAGCAGGACAAAGAGCCUCCACAGACUCUCUACCACCAUCAGCAGCAGCAGCAAGAGAAGCUUCUGAUUAGGCAGGGGAUGGUACGCUCUCUGUCCUAUGAGGAACCCAGAAGACACUCACCCGCCAUUGAGAAGCAGCUCUGUCCAGCCAUUCAGAAGCUCAUGGUCAGGAGUGCAGACCUCCACACAUUGUCAGAACUGCCUGAAGCCCGGCCCUGUGAAAAUGGCAAUACCCAUUCGGCAGGGGAAGUUUUUACUGGACUUGUCCAGCCAGGGUCUCCCCAUAACAUGAGGACUGCUCACAGUGUGCAAAGUUCCAGAACUCAGAACCUCUUAGAGAAACUUCAGAGUGCCCCAGGAGCCGCAAACAAGUAUGACCCUAUUCCACCAGCAGCUGCCAGCUCAGCUGCCCUGAACUGCAGCAGAGCUCCCCCUUCUGCCACCCUUGUGGCUCCAGGAAAGGGUCUGGCUCAGUCACCGCUGGUCUAUUUCAAUGGCUCCCUUCCACCUCAGGCCCUAGGACAUCAGGCUCAUGGGAGAGAACAGUCCAUACACCCAAGACAAAUGCUCCCCAUCCCUGGCAGUCAGACUGGCAGUUCCGGAGUGGUCUCUCCUCAGGAGUUACUGAAAAAGCUGCAGAUCGUGCAGCAAGAACAACAGCUGCAUGCAUCUAACCGCCCAGCCUUGGCAGCGAAGUUCCCUGUGAUCCCUCCGAGCUCUGGAACUGGGCGGCCCUUGGAACCCUGGAUCCACAAGGCCUCCAGCACAGAAAAGCAGACUCCUCUUUUGCAGGUCAUCUCACCUCAGUGCAUCCCUGCUACGGCGGCUCCUUCUCUGCUCAUGCCCCCCAUGGUGUUCACACAGUCCGCCUCUGUCCCACCAAAGGAAAGGGAUAGUGGGCUCUUGCCCAUGGAAAGCCAGGAGCCACCCGCAGCUUCCAGCAGCCUCCUUCUGCCUGUGCAGAGCCCGGAUCCCUCCGUGGUCACCGGCAGCCCACUCAGCAAGCUCCAGCUCCAGGAGGCACUGCUGUAUCUCAUCCAGAAUGAUGACAACUUCUUAAAUAUAAUCUAUGAAGCCUAUCUCUUCAGCAUGACACAAGCAGCCAUGAAAAAGACCGUGUGAGAGCAAAUCCUCUUAAAACUGAUUUUCAAGGUUCUUCUAGAACUCCAGCUCAAGGUUCUUUCAUGUCAAAUGGUGUUUCCUGAAAUGUUUCUGCCUUUUUAAAAAAGUAUGUGUAAUAUGAAGUAAAACGUUUCAGACUUUUUCU